AUGGCCCCUAUCCGCUGGUGGCCUUUGGUGGUCUUCUUUGGCGCACUGUUUCCCCCUACUUCUGCCAACGAAUGUGUCUUCCAAGAAAUCCUUGUUGUACAUAAUCAGCUCGAGCUAGAUGCCGGGACCCAUGGCUGUACCUCGAUCAAUGGCUCUAUAUAUGUCGAGACUGACUUCGCGGGGCCACUUACUCUCAGUGACAUCUCCAGUAUUUUCGGACGAUUCUACGUUCUGGACGGUAUCCGGAGCCGUACUGGAUUAGAUCCUGCGGUAAAUACUGGACUUACCACUUUUGAAAUCAAAGAUCUACAGCAAAUAGACACCCUGGGGAUUUAUGAUGCUGUAGCACUAAGGUCCAUAUCACUGCCACAAUUAACAUCAGUUAACGAUCUAUAUGUGGAGGGAUAUAAGAUGGAUACUCUUGAUCUCCCAUCAUUGACCAGCGCAAACUGGCUGCGUCUAUAUGGAAAUAUCUCGACGUAA